UCGUAGCUUUUUAGCUUUACCUUAGGUACCUCCUAUGUACAUGUACCCAUAGUGGACCUACAUUAGGUACGUACAACCUUGGGUUCAAUGUUGCUUUAACAACUUUCUUUUCAACACCACAUAUUCACCAAAUACUCACCACAUACUCACAACAUAUUAAUCCAUGCCAUGAGAUGACAGAGCAUUGAAAAUUAUACUGCUCAGGAUGCGCACGGCUGAAGAUGAUUGGCCCCUGGCGUUCAUCACUACGACAUCGCUACUGUGCUAACACACCGUAUCUACCUGAGUCUAGCCGACCUUAUCCAUAUCAAACAUCAUGACGCGACGGAUAGUGCGCACCAUAACCCAGCUCGCUGCUGCCGCCGUAUUCGCAUUCUUCGUCAUUUUCCUCUUAGAUCGAAAUUUCCGACUUCUACCUAAUUCCGUCCAUGAAUACAUGCCCCAGCACCAUCAUGGCCAAGUCGUCACUGAUAUAACAAUUACACAAUGCUCUAAAGUUAACCUGUUUUCAUCCUGCAGGCUCGAUCCUGAAUCAUGGCAUCGGGUCGAGAAGAACCUCUAUUUGGACAAAUCGUGGAUCUCCAAGGCCUACAUUCAUGUCCAGAGAAAGAAAGAGGAGGAGCUGAAAGCGGAAGACAAGGUGGUCGUGGGUGUCACGGUGGGCCGACUAGACCCUUCGACGGGAGCCAAGGGGCAGACGGGUGAAAAGUGGGAGUCUCGUCCAGCGGGCCUAUGGGUACUACGGUCAUCCAAGCCGACAGCGAGCGAUUCUAAGACAGCUGUUACCGCGAUAGAUGUUCUCUUCGGCGACGACGCUGUCGAGGUUCGAGACGGGUGGCAGUUCCAGAAUACGCCCUUGUUAUUUGACGUCGGGCCAGAUAUACCGAGUGCCCAUAUCACCGUUCGACAGGGAGGUCCGGUCGAGCCUAUAAAACCUCAACCACGAGUGAGGGACAAUGGAAAAUUCAAGAUAAUGCAGCUGGCAGAUCUUCAUUUGAGCACGGGCGUUGGUCAUUGCAGAGAUGCGGUUCCGGACGAGUAUGAAGGUGGACCUUGCCUGGCAGAUCUGCGGACUCUAGAUUUUGUAUCCAGGCUGCUGGACGAGGAAAAACCUGAUCUAGUUGUCCUUAGCGGUGACCAGGUGAAUGGUGAUACCGCUCCCGAUGCGCAGUCGGCCAUCUUUAAAUAUGCGCAAUUACUCAUCAAGCGCAAGAUCCCCUACGUAUCCAUCUUCGGUAACCAUGACGAUGAAGGGUCGCUACCUAGAGCUGGGCAGAUGGCGCUGAUUGAACAAUUACCGUACUCAUUGUCUGUCGCCGGACCAGACGAUAUUGACGGGGUUGGUAACUACUUUAUCGAGGUCCUUGCCCAAGGGAGCUCGAAGCAUUCCGCUCUUACGGUAUACUUGCUUGAUUCCCACUCAUAUUCUCCGGAUGAGCGGCAAUGGAGCGGCUACGACUGGAUCAAAAAGAACCAAAUCGAUUGGUUUAGACAGACUUCGGAGAGCCUGAAGAAGAAGCAUAAGGAGUAUACUCAUAUCCAUAUGGAUAUCGCCUUUAUCCACAUUCCUCUUCCGGAAUACAGGGAUCAGGAAUCGCAGUAUGUAGGCGAAUUAAGGGAAGGUGUCACGGCCCCCAAGUUCAACUCCGGAUUCCGCGAUGCCUUGGUUGAGCAAGGCGUCGUCAUGGUUAGUUGUGGACACGACCAUGCAAAUGAGUAUUGCAUGCUAUCAUCCAAUAAGGAGACAAAGAGGCCCGAGCUGUGGAUGUGUUAUGGUGGCGGUGCCGGAUUUGGAGGAUACGGCGGCUAUGGCGACUUCGUCCGCCGGGUUCGUUUCUUCGACAUCGACAUGAACGAAGCCCGAAUCACAACUUACAAGAGACUCGAAUACGGCGAUACCGUAGCUCGUAUCGAUGAACAAAUCAUCGUCGACGGAGGCAGUGUCGUACCGCCCAAGGAUCAGAGCUGAGCACACAAAUCAUGGGAGGAUUUCGGAAUUUCAAGUUUAACUUCACGACGUGACGCUAUCUCACUCUACGCGCUCUUCGCACAACGGAGAGCUUGGAUGGCUACUAAUCCACGAUUUUGGACUAUUUUGGAUCGGGACGGUAUUCUACAACGUAGCGACGGCGAUGACUCUACGUCGGCGCAAGAAAAAGAAAAGGGAUGCACAGGGCGUUUUGGUGCGACGAUAGAGAUGGUCGGUAGGCAGGCUAUAGUGUUCGGAUAGUUCGUGUAUUAUACGAGACAAGGCGGACGGGUAGCGUAUAUAACGAGCGGACAUCAAAAUUAACGGUUGCGGAUUUCUACUCCUACGUCUUGGUAAAGUGCUCUCUGGCCUAAGCGCAUACAUUCGCCCCCUCUCCUGAUCAGAUAUCAAGGCUCGUGGUUAACGCAAAUAUAGCAACAUAGC